AUGCCCGGGCCGCUGCCCCCCACCGAGCUGUACGCCUCGGAGCGGGUCGUCGUGCUGGUCUCCUGCGUGCUUUCCUUCCUGGGAUCCAGCCUCCUGGUCUGCACCCAUGCCCUGUGGCCGGAGCUGCGGACCCGUCCCCGCCAGCUCCUGCUCUAUCUGUCGCUGGCGGACCUCCUCUCAGCCCUCUCGUACUUCUACGGGGUGCUACAGGACUUCGACAGGACCUCCUGGGACUGCGUGCUGCAGGGCGCCCUGUCCACCUUCUCCAACACCAGCUCCUUCUUCUGGACCAUGGCCAUUGCCUUCUACCUCUAUAUCACCAUCGUGAGGGGCUCGCCCACAGGCCCAGGCUUGCUCUGCUGCUUCCAUGCCGUGAGCUGGGGCGUCCCCCUUGGCAUUACAGUGGCUGCUGUUGCUCUGAAGAAGAUUGGCUAUGAUGCCUCCAAUGUUUCUGUGGGCUGGUGUUGGGUCAACUUGGAUGCAGAGGAUCGGGUCUUGUGGAUGUUAUUAACGGGGAAAGUUUGGGAGAUGCUGGCCUAUGUGACUUUGCCAGUGCUCUACAUUCUCAUCAAGAAGCACAUUAAUAGAGCGCACGCAGCGCUCUCAGAGUAUCGCCCCAUUCUCUCAAGAGCACCUGCAUUUCAGCCCCGGACUUCCAUAGCAGAUAAGAAGUUGAUUCUCAUCCCUGUCAUCUUUAUCAUCCUCCGCAUCUGGAGCACUGUGCGAUUCAUUCUGACCCUCUGUAACUCCCCUGCAGUGCAAAAUUCAGUCCUGGUUGUUCUGCAUGGAAUUGGUAACACGUUCCAAGGAGGUGCCAACUGUAUUAUGUUUGUCCUCUGUACGCGGGUGGUCCGGACUCGGCUGUUUUCCUCCAUUUGCUGUUGCCGCUGCGAUGAGUUGGAUUGGCCUUUGCAAAGAUCAAACAGCUACCGGCAGCGCCCCGAACCCCCCAAGAACAAGGAUGUGCCAGGCCCUGAGCGGAUGAAACCCCUGCUUUCCAGCACCUGA